UCCAUCAUUUAUUCUUCUCUAAUCCACUGUUUAAACUUUAAACCUUUACUCUCCCCUGUUUCCUCUGCUCUAAUCCUCUGUCUAAACUGUAAAGUUUUGAAGACAAUGGCGGUCUCUCCGAGAAGAAGAAGCGAGCUUUGGGGUCAAGAGAGAAAGACGGCCCAGAGGAAAGCCUCGGUGGUGUACUACCUCUCGAGAGACGGCCAUUUGGAGCACCCUCACUAUCUGGAAGUCCCGCUCUCCUCCACCGAAGGGCUUUAUCUCAGAGAUGUCAUCAAUCGUCUCUGCGUUCUCAGAGGGAAAGGGAUGGCUGCCAUGUACUCGUGGUCUUCCAAACGGAGAUAUAAGAACGGCUUUGUGUGGUUCGAUCUCUGCGAAGAGGACUUCAUCUACCCAGUUCACAGCCAAGAAUACAUUCUCAAAGGAUCGGAGUUCCUCCACCUCGGCAACUCUUCUAUCUCUCAAGAAUCCCUCGCUACCUCUUCUCCUACAACCGAGAAGCCUCCCGAAAUCUCUAAUUCCGUCCAAGACGUUUCCGAUAUCCCCGUUUCAAGAAGAAAGAAGCCGUCUUGGGGCUCUCUCGAUCUCAACGAGCCCACGGCCUACACCAGCGAACCGACGGCGGUCAUCGCCAUCAAAUUCUCCGACGCCUCGACCCAGACCGACGGCCUGCGGCAGGGACAACGAGCUCCCAACGGAGAAGACGGGCAAGCCAAGACCGCAAAUCCCGAAGUGACGGAGCUCGGGACGGACGAGAUCUCACCUCCGCUGUCCACCUCCAGCUCCGAGACGCUGGAAGCGGUGAUCAGAGCCGACGGCCGGAUCGUUGCGAGACGCCUGGGGGACAGGUGUCAUCGGACAGUGGGCGCCUGCCCGAAAGGGAGGGCGAGGCCGUCGGCGGUCUUGAUGCAUCUGAUCUCGUGCGGCUCCAUCUCGGUGAAGGAGCAGGGGAUCUCGCUGGUGUCGCAGUACAGGGGAAGACUGCCGAUGGAGGCGGUUUCAGAGGGCGCGGGAUUGGAGGACAAGAAGUGUUUUAGUGGGAGUUUCAUUGAAACCACGAAGUUGGGGAAUGGUGGCGUUGGAGAAUUCACCGGCUUGAAGCGGUCGUCUUCCUGUAAUGCUGCUAGGAGCUUAAGAAUGGAACUAAGCAAGGAAAUUGUGGAUGACCAUGCCAAAUGCAAGCCCAGAAAGCCCAAGAGAGGGAAAGAAAGGAACCUGCCCAUCACACGUGACGUGCACCAGAGCAGAAGGAUACAUGGUUAACCACCCUAGAACUAGAACAAGAUAAUUGAGUUUGUAGAACUUAUUUUCCUUUUAAAUUUCCCUAUCUUUAAAAGAAUUAUUUUGGAUUAUGAGAUUCCAAAUGAUUGAUAACAUUUUUAUAAAAUUGAAGCAAACGAGAUGUCUAAUUGAUCUAGA